UCUUUUCUUGCUACUCUCCAAUACGGAGCUUUGCUAUAAAAUGAAGAAGGAGGUGUCCAACAGCGGCGAGACGCUGAAGGCUCUUUAACAGUGUGGAGUUUCUUCCUGUCUCACCGCCGACCCGCACACGGUGAAGGGGGAGCGCUGCUGGCUAUCUCGGUAAAAAGCCCGCACACACGCGCACACAGUGGGAAAAGAGGCACGAGUAGACGCGACCAACUCACGCAACUCACGCAUGGGACUUUAGCACAUACAUGACUGCAGGGGGAAGCGAUCAACGUAAUCAAACCAGACAGAGACCGGACCAACGAAGAAGAGUGGAGUGAACCGACACCAAACACAAGGACAACAGCCGCCUAACGGCUGGAGGGCUGGACUAUCGUCAUCACUCCAUAAAUAACGUCCUUCCGGUAAGAUACAAAGACAGAGGCGUCUAGAGACCUGCCAGACGUAAGAGGGACAAGACGCACGAAGGCUUCAAAAAAGGGACCAGUGUGAAGCCUGUGAAGGUUGCACGAUCAAGACGUUUUCUCUCCAAGAUGGCGUCGUGCCUUUCCACCUAUAACCAAAGUGCCAUUAAGCAAACGAACCAAACAUUUCAGACGCCGCCUUUGAAUUAUCUGACCAUUUCUCUGCAUGGCUUAUUUUCUUCCAUUGGCAUCUUGGAAAACCUCCUGAUCAUCGGGGUCGUGGGCUUCCACGUCCGACGCAGCAUCAUCAGCAUUUGGAUCCUGAACCUUGCUGCGUCUGACCUGCUGGCCACCUCCUUCCUGCCGUUCUUCACUCUCUACAUGGCACGUGGCAACACCUGGACCCUGGGCGCGACCUUCUGCCGCAUCUAUUCCUCCGUCUUCUUCCUCAACAUGUUCGUCAGCGGAUUUCUGCUGGCGGCCAUCUCUUUGGACCGCUGCCUGGUCGUGCUGAGACCUGUGUGGGCCCAGAACUACAGGAACAUCCAACUAGUGAGCAGGAUAUGCGCGGUGAUAUGGGCCUUGGCUGUGAUCUGCACAAUACCCUUCUACAUCUUCCGUGACACCAUUCCCUUACACAGCGGACAGAUUCUUUGUUACUACAACUAUGUUCUUCACCCUCCGAGGGAGCCGUACGACCAGAAGGCUUUAUGUAAGCAGCGUAAGGAAGCCUUGGUCUUCACAAAGCUCUUCCUAGCCUUCAUCAUCCCCCUACUCAUCAUCAUCAUUAGCUAUACCAACGUGAAUCUCACCUUGGCGCGCAGAGGCUGCAGGCGUCCUUUUCGCUUUGUCCGUCUCGUAAUGGCCGUGGUGGUGAGCUUCAUCCUCUGCUGGGCCCCAUACCACCUAUUCAUUGUCAUUGAGGUCAUGGCUCCCUCUACCCAUUCCGUACAGACAGUUGUAAUGAAGGGCCUCCCAGUUGUAGCGUCCAUCGGGUACUUUAACAGCGUCCUCAACCCCAUUCUCUACGUGUUUAGCUGCCCCGACCUCUGCAGCAAGAUUAGACAUUCUCUGGGUGCGGUGAUGGAAAGUGUCCUCACCGAAGACCUGGCAGAGUUGGCUCGGCGCUGCAGCACCGCUCGCAGCUCCAUAAGCAGCACUAACAUUGUAUCGAAGCACAAGAACUCCAUUACAACCCAGUGUCUGAAAACGGAGGAAGAAGUGUUCGAUAUGAAUUUUGCUAGUUCCACUCAGGCAUAAGGACGACCUGUCUGUGAAGAAGACAGGCCUAUGAUACUGUACGCACACCCUGUCUGUAUAAGGCUCCAGUGUAAACAUGCUGUUUGUUUAGCUAAUCCCAACAUCCCAUUUAGUACACCUUAUAGUACAGUAUGUAGUCUGUUUGUACCACCAUUUCUGUUGUUGUUGUGGUUCUUUCACUUUCUUUAAUCAAUCUGAAUUCAUUGAAAUUAACAGACAUAGUUUUUUCAAAUUAAAGGAAUCACACAUCACUGAGGAAAAACCCACUGUUCCUGAUUACUCUUGGUAAUUGCAUUAGUGGUAAUCUUAUGAUUUCUGAGAAUGUAAUGACAUUCUACCUGCAUAGUAACAAACAAGCUCAUUCUAUGUCUAUUCUCCUUUUUAAAUUUUGCAAAAACAAGCAUGCAUGGUUUGCAGGUGACGGAAACUUUUGCACAAUGUGUUAGUCACAUGGGUCUUUAGCAUGAUCUUAUCAGCACCCCUUUCAGCUCACUUGCUUAUUUGAUUAUGUGCUUGUGCUUGCACUUUUUUGUGCUUGUAAAACAGGUAAUAUUGGAUUUUCUACAUAUACUGUACAUUGCUGUCGUUUCGUGCAAUAUGCAUCUUUUUGUAAUAGUGUAACGAGAUAUUUCUUAACAUGAAUAAACGUAAAAAUUAGCA